GGCCCUGGACCGGUCCGGCCAUAACCUCGCUCUCCUGCUAGCCGGGGCCCAGCUCCUAUCUGGCCGCCGGGAAGAUGAGGCUGCCGACGACUGCCAUCUCGACGCUGCUGUUGCUGCCGUUGCUGCUGCCGCCGCCGGCCUCACCCGCCGCUCCGGGGGCGCUCGAGCUGCCCCCCCGCGAGGACGUGGCGCGGGUGGCGCGGUUCGUGGCCCACGCCUGCAACUGGGGCGCGCUGGCCACCGUCUCCACGGUGCCGGCGGUGCGCGGGCGACCCUUCGCCAACAUCUUCUCCCUCAGUGACGGGCCUGUGGGCGCCAGCAGCGGCGUGCCCUACUUCUACCUCAGCCCGCUGCAGAUGUCCGUGGGGGACCUGCAGGAGAAUCCAAAUGCCACUUUGACAAUGUCUUUGGCACAGACUGAUUUUUGUGAGAAACAAGGAUUUGAUCCUCAGAGUCCCCUUUGUGCUCACAUAAUGUUGUCAGGAACAAUCACGAAGGUGAAUGAUACAGAAAUGGGCUUUGCAAAAAAGUCAUUAUUCAGUCGUCAUCCUGAAAUGGAAUCGUGGCCUGCAGAUCAUAACUGGUUCUUUGCCAAAUUGGCUAUAACCAACAUCUGGGCUAUUGACUACUUUGGUGGAGCCAAAACAGUGACACCUGAAGAAUAUUAUAAAGCCAAACCUUAGUGAAGAGGAAUAUGAUCAAUUCUGUAAUUCCACCAAGAUGCUCCAUCAUUUUGUUUGGGAUACAUAGAGAAUCUGCAGUUUUUCUGUGCAUAGUUUUGUUUUUUCAAAAAAAGCUUAUUUUUAUAUGCUUAAUAUUUAAAUCAGACGCUAGCUGUGAGAAAUUUAGAUUUAAGUAUUUUUAUGACAUUUUGAAAUUUUUUAAAAAAAGAAAUAAUAUUAAGAAUCCUGGUUCCACUGAGCAUUAAAAGAGUUUUCCCAGAAGCAAAAGUUGCAAAUUUAAAUUGGCCUUUGAGAUUGGAAACUAUUUCAGCAUAUGUCCUGUAUUCCUAGGAAUCCCUUUGCUCACUAAACCUAUUCACUACCUACUGAGGCCUCUGAUAGUUUUAGAAGAACAGGAUGGAAAGGGGUUAAUUUGGCCAUAUGCUGAAUGUGCCUUAAUCUUGCCCAACAGAAAAACUAUUUAUUUAAACCCAAAUAGAGCUUCGGGCCACUAAUCAGCUUAUGUAUGGUGAUUGGGGACAGAGAGUGUUUGCUUGUUGGACCAGGAGCAAAGCUAGACUCUGAAGAAAUUGUUCUGUCAAUAAUAUAGAAUCAAGCAGGCAGAUGGAAUUCCUCCCCCCACCCCCUACCCGUUUGAUUUAGCCCAUUUUAUUUGAAUUUCUUCCUUCUUAUGAUUCCAUAUCUAUUGAAUGGAAGGAGAGGGAAUUUGUGGGUAAAUACUGAGAUCCUUAUUAACCAGAUGAGACCAUGGUUUCAGGCUCUGUAUCCGAACAUAAUUUUAUCCAUUCUACUAUGUCCUUUAACUGUUGUUUAUACUCUUACUUUUAGCAAACAAGGUCAUUCAGGCUUCUUUAGUUGGUCUUUCCAAGCCCACUUGAAGGAAGCUAUGAGAGGGGAAGGAAGAAUGUAUAAAUUUCCCUCAAAAUAAAAUAUGAUGAGGGGCGGCUGGCUAGGUGGCGCAGUGGAUAAAGCACCUGCCCUGGAUUCAGGAGGACCUGAGUUCAAAUCUGACCUCAGACACUUGACAUUUACUAGCUGUGUGACCCUGAGCAAGUCACUUAACCCCUAUUGCCCCACAAAAAAAAAAAAAAAGAAAGAAAAGAAAAUAUGAUGAGGAAAAAUUGGAGGGUGAGGAAUAAUUAAUGAUUAUAAAAACAAGUCUGAAUACUUUUAUUUUUUAGUGAGGCCAUUGGGGUUAAGUGACUUUCCCAGGGUCACACAGCUAGUAAGUGUUAAGUGUCUGAGGCCAGAUUUGAACUCAGGUCCUCCUGAUUCCAGGGUCCAUGUUCUAUCUACUGCGCCACCUAGCUGCCCCCUGAAUACUUUUGAAAAGCGUGAAAAAUGAUUAUCUCGAAUGAUAUGAAAGGUAGUGAGGUGGAAAGGCCAAGAAGAUCUGGGUUCAGAUCUCACCCCGAGGCAUACAUACUGACUGUAGAACCCCGGACAAGUAAUUUUACUUCUCAGUAUUCUAGGCAACUCUCUUAAAGAUGUAAGUUGCAGAGAAGGUGCCGACCUGCAUUGGUAGAAGAAAUUUCCUUGUCUGGCAGUUCCCUAUAAGAAUUAAAUCAUAGGCCCAGUUCCUAUCCCCUAUUUGAGUUGUAUAAAAUUGGUUAUUGUUGUAAGAUUAUUUUCAUUUUCUUCCUAAGUAUCAUAGACUAAAAUAUUAUUUUCUACAUCUCCAAUAGUCAUUUUCAGGCAAAAUUCUUAAUUUGAAAGUAUGUGUAAGCAAUAGCAGUUGUGACACAGUACUUCUUGGGUUCCCUUCAAAGUAUUGACUUAUUUUUUAAAAAAUGCUUUAUCACUGGUUGUUUAAUUCAACAUCAGGGGAAUGAAAUAGGGAUGAAACCUUAUACACAUCAUAUAAGGUCCUUUUAGAAUUUCAUUAAGUAAGAUCAGGUCCUGUAUAGAUUUGCCUUACCCUGAAUUCUGUCCUGCAAUGAAUAAUAGCUAUUCAACAAAUAUUUGUACUGAAAAUUGAUUGCUCUUGAGGUUCCAGUGAAUCUAUAUAACUCAGGGAAAUACAAUGUUUGGAAAAAUUUUAAGAGCUCAUCAGAUGAAAUGGGUUUUUAGAAACCCUAAUAGCUAUCUUUCUUAAAAUGUUAUAAGGAAAAUUACUCAUUUACUAUAUACAGAAAUAAUUUCAGUAGAUUUUUCAGGACUGCUUAUGAAGUAUUAUAUGUUAGAACUUAAAUGCUAAAUUCAAAAACUGCAAAAGGAAAAAUGAAUUUCUUUGAAAACUAAAAUUGGUUUCUACAAAAUUACAUUAUGAGGUUGGUCUCUCAAACAAAGCACUAAUAAUUAAAAUUUAUUUAAUGAAAGUGUUUGGUUUAUUGUCUUGUAUAACGGUCUUAAUACUGGUUUUGUUUUUUUCUGGACUCUUGUGAAUCCCUUCCUUUUUUGCUUUCAUUCUAGCCUGGCUGUUACAGCCACAGUCAGACAAGAUAAACUGCUAUUUCAAAGCUUGGCUGAUGAUCUUUUGAUUAAGUGCAGGAUGUUCUCCUUCCCUGUUGCCAAAAAGCUAAUUAUGUCCUGAAAUUUAUGGAAAAGCCAGAGUCCAGCGUGUUGUUAUGGAGCAUUUACUCUAGUAAAGUUACCUUAUGAUACAAAUUAGGAUGAAGAUGACCCGCUUGGUUAUCUUCUUCUCAUUUAUUCUUAGCUUUGCCUUGGAAACUUUUAGUCCAGUUCUCUUUUUCUAUCAUAUA